CAUGUAUGACACGGUAGUUAAUCAUAUGUUCAGUUCUUUACAAAUCAGAACACCAUAUCUAAAGGAACAGUGUAAUUCUACUGAUGAAAUUCAGGUUUAUCAAAGAAUUGUAGGGUGUGAGUUGUUGGACACUGUUGAUUCAGGAGAAAUGAAAGGAUGGGAUUCAUUCAAUGGCUUAUUAAUUGGGACAAUGAGCACAAACAUGGAACCAGACAGUCUUCAGUUUAAAAUAGAGCGGUUUGGUGUGUAUGGCCUUAAUUUAGAAGUUUCAAAAUGGAAUACCAAGUAUGUAUAUUAUCCUUUCUGCAUUAAAACUUUAAAAAGGUUCCUUGAAGAGGAGAAAAACAGGGUGAAGAAGAAAGUGAAACCCAGAGUCAGACUUGUGAAGAAGACUCUUGCAGGCACUGGAAGGAUUCAAGUGACCUGUUUAGCCACCGGUUUUUACCCUCGUCAUAUCAACCUGACUCUGCUCAGAGAUGGUCAGUCUGUGUCUGAAGAUCAAAUUACUGGAGGAAUUCUGCUGCCAAAUGUAGAUGACACCUACCAGAUGAGGAAGAGUCUGGAGGUCAAGGCACAGGAAUUUAGGCUACACAACUACUCUUGUUCAGUUGUUCAUCUAAGCCUGGACAACAAGCUGGACAUUGCUUUUGAUCAUGAUGCAAAUCCUUCCAUGGUGCCCAUUUGGUGGCCUUUUCUGGUUGUUCUCUUUGUGCUGGUGAUAGUACCAGUUGCUGGCUUCAUCAUAUGGAGAAGAUGCGCAGGUGUAGGGGUCGCCAGGCCGUAGAACAUAUUACCCAUAAUUCCCUGCUUGACCGCAUGGG